AUGUCGUUAUAUUACUCUUUGGUGUUUGGAAUCCUCAUAAUUGAGACGUUUAUCUUCGCUCUGCUUGCAGUGCCAUUGCCCAUGGUAGUACGUCGGCCGCUCACUAAGGGGCUUGCGCAGCCGUUUCUGUCGCCUACGGUGCAGGUUAUUAUCAAAGUGAUAUUGGGCUUUAUAUUGCUACUGUUUGUGGAUACGGUCAAUCGGAUGUACACGAUUAAUAUGGAGUAUGAGCGUUCUAAAGGGGCAGGGUACGCGCAUGAUCGGCUUGAAAUUCUAUCUCGCAAGUUUCUGGCUCAGAGGAAUAUGUAUCUGACGGGGAUCACGUUGUUUUUGACUUUUACGAUCGUGCGGACGUUUGGGUUGGUUUUGGAGUUGUUUGACUUGAAGGAUAAGUGCUCGGAGAGGAAUUUGUUGCCUGGGUCGGCUGCUGCUGCGACAAAGAGUGGUGGCAAAGGUGAGAAGGAGCAGCAAUUAAGCAGGGAGAUCCGGGAGUUGGACGAGCAGAUCUCUCUAUUGAAGGAGCAGUCGGAAGCUCUGGCAAAGAAUAUGUAA